ACAUUACCCCCUUUUGGCAUGUGCAACCCAAACUGAACAGGUGGACAAUCAUUGUAUUUUGUUUGCAAUUAUACUCACACACAUAUUUAUUGAUUAUUUGCUUUGCAUGAAUACAAAACCAGUUAACCAUACAACUGAACAUAUGUAUUGAAUGAAACUAAAUUUUCUAGCAGCUUGUAUGAAGAAACUUUUUCGAUUUAAUUAUGGAACUAAUAAUACCAGGUAUCAUGUGUUACCACUAUCAGACGAAGGUAUGAAGCCUAGCCCCCAGCGUACGUUAAUAAAAAAGCUUCUGGUACUUCUUGGACCACUUGUUGCAGUACCUCUACUCUUUUUUGGACCGGAGUACAGAUGUCUUUUCUCAAUAAUAUUUUUAUCAACCUAUUGGAUUGGAGAAGCAUUUCCCAUUGGUGUCACUUCUCUCUUUCCAUUGGCACUUUAUCCAAUUCUUCAGAUUGUUCCAUCUAAACAAAUUAGUCCAGUUUAUUUUAAAGAUUCGAUAGUUCUAUUUAUGUGCACAUUAAUCAUGGCAAUGGCGGUAGAAGCAACUGGACUCCAUCGAAGAAUCGCACUGAAAUUAUUAACAAAAGUUGGAGCAAAGCAACCAGUAAUGCUGCUGGGUUUCAUGUGCAUCACGAGUUUCAUAUCAUUUUUCGUUUCUGACACAGCAUGCACAGCUCUUAUGUGUCCAACCGCUGUGGCACUCCUGAUGAGUAUGUCUGAUGCAGUUCAACAUUUGAAAGAAGAUCACAGGAAGCCAAAGCCGCCACCAGAUGAUGCUACUGUUGCUGAAAAAUUGAGAAUAGAUGAUAUGACUCCUCAGGAUGCUGGUUUCUGUAAAGCAUUAAUUUUGGCAUGUGCCCACGCAUCGUUGAUCGGUGGGACUGCUAUUAUCACUUCGACUGGGCCGAAUUUAGUUUUUCGAGAAAAUAUUCACAAGAGAUACCCCGAGGGACAAGUGACAAUGACAUACCUACAAUGGAUGGUUUUCGCGAUACCACCAAUGUUUGUCUACCUUCUUGCAUCUUAUAUUAUUCUGGUGUGUUAUUUCAUGGGCCCCUCGACUUUUGCUCGCUGGUUUGAAAGGCCUUCCAAAGAAGAAGCUCAUUUGAAAAAAUUAAUUGAAAAGAAUAUUCAGACAAUGUAUGAGGAUUUGGGAGAUGUUUCGUGGGGCGAAAAGUCAGUUUUUGUAUUCUUCAUUCUCCUAAUCGGAUCUUGGAUUUCUCGUGAUCCCGGAUUCACACCCGGUUGGGGAGAUCUUUUACCACACAGAAACUUCAUAUCAGACAGUGUUUCUGGAGUCUUGAUUUCUUGUAUUUUAUUUGUUUGGCCCAAAGAUCCAUUUGAUCCUAUUGAUCCAAUGGCUCCGAUUCUUAAAUGGACCGACAUGAAAAGCAAGUUUUCCUGGUCGUGCACACUUUUAAUCGGUGCUGGGUAUGCUAUUUCAGAAGGAGUUGAUAAAUCGGGAUUAUCUAGAUUGAUUUCAUGUGGAAUGAAAAAUAUUUUCGUGGGGAUGAGCUCACUUCCAUUGCAAUUAACUGUGACUACAAUUAUUGUGAUAAUGACAGAGUUUGCAAGUAAUGUGUCCACCGGAAGCAUUUUCAUUCCAAUUUCUUUGGGAGUUGCUGAAUCAAUGGGAGUUCAUCCUUUAUAUCUUGCUCUUCCAACUACUGUAGCUUGUUCAUUUGCUUUUAUGCUACCAAUUUCAACACCUCCAAAUGCAGUUGUAUACGACACUAAAGUGAUUUCAAUGGUGGAAAUGAUAGUCUGUGGUUUUCUACUCAAUAUUGCGUGCAUACUUAUCACAUCUCUCAACAUGAACACAUGGACAUAUUUUAUUUUUUCAUUGAAUAUUUUCCCCGAAAAUAUUGUAAUAUCUUCAGAAAACUCUUCAUAUCCAGUUUGCUAAUUUUUGUACAAAAUGUGUAUUGUCCGAAUGAAACGUGUAUUUAUUAA